CCCCACUCCAGCUCCCACUCCACGUCCCCCUUUCCCUCGCUCUUCUGCCCCGCCUUCGCUCUUGUGCUCAGCAGUUGGCUAUCUAUCAUAUUCCCCUCUGGUUUCUAUUCCCCACGCCUCCCCUUCGAUUCCUCUCCGCAGCGCAGCAUCAGCAGCAGCAGAAGUAGUAGUAGCCUCUUCUUGCGUCGUCGUCCCUCUCGGCUCCUCCACUCGCGCUCUGUCCUCUCGGCCUGUGUGCAUUCUCAUGGCAGCCCAGGGACAGGAUGUUGCGAAGCCUGUUAUUGUGCACAUCAACCGCCUCAAGUUCACGUAUCCUGGCAUCGAUGGAGCUCCCCCUCCUGGCGCCAAGCCUCUCAUCCAAGACUUCUCCCUCACGUUGCACGCUGGGGACCGGUGCCUCCUCGUGGGCGCCAAUGGAGCUGGCAAGACAACUCUUCUAAAGAUCUUGGGCGGCAAGCACAUGGUGGACCCCGACAUGGUGCGAGUUUUAGGUCGAUCGGCCUUCCAUGAUACCGCCCUGACAUCGAGUGGUGCCCUAGCUUAUCUUGGUGGAGAGUGGAGACGAGAUGUAGCAUUCGCAGGCUUCGAUGUCCCUCUGCAGAUGGACAUUCCUGCUGAGAAAAUGAUCUUCGGACUACAAGGCGUCGAUGCAGAAAGACGAGAUCGUUUGAUCAAGGUCCUUGAUAUUGACUUGAAGUGGCGUAUGCACAAAGUCUCCGAUGGCCAAAGGCGAAGAGUCCAAAUCUGCAUGGGUUUGUUACGCCCGUAUCAGGUGUUGCUUCUGGACGAGAUAACAGUCGAUCUAGAUGUGUUGGCACGUGCCGAUCUGAUGGGAUUCCUUAGAUCUGAAUGCGAAGAAAGAGGGGCCACUAUCAUCUAUGCCACUCAUAUUUUUGAUGGACUUGAGUCCUGGCCUACGCACAUGGCUUACGUGUCCAAAGGGACGUUGCGAUUCGCCAAGCCGAUUGGAGAAAUUGCGGAAAUGAAGGAGCUUUCCUUGAUGAGGACUGUUGAAAGGUGGCUUCGGAAAGAAAUUGAGGAACAGAGGAGAAUACGAAAGGAGAGACUGGCGAAUGGGCUCCCUGAGUUCGAGGAUCAGAAUCCUGACGGCACACGAGUUAUUGGGGAAGCGGCAAAGAAAGCAGCAAUGAACAAUGGUUGGGCAGGUGGCCGGCUGCAUUCAACUUUAGCUGGAGAGGAAAAUGUUUAUGACCUGAGCUCCAAUCGAGUUUUACGAGUGUGACGUGCUACAGUAUUCUUUAAGCGAAACCAUGGAGCGCUCUUCUGUGAGAUCUGUCUACGUCAACAGAUGUUCGCAAACUGAAUGCUGCACUGCACACAGUUGGGAGUAAGUCUAUGUCUUUAGAGAUGAAGAGCUGCCGACUUUAUGAUUGUAGCAUACGAGCCAGAACUUCAAGUUGGCUGUUCAAAGCGUUCUGAAUAACGGACAAGGCUCUCCGAAUCCAUUCGUUGCCGCUCCUAGGCUCAUGCGUAAGCGAUUUGUUGCUGGAGCUCAACUGGACGGGUGGGAUUACAACUGCUUUGGUCGAACAGUGCAUUGCCUUGACGUCAGCCGUGUUCUUCCAGGGGCAGAAAAGUAAUAAUUGCUUUAUGUGAAGAAAUGUGGCAAGAUAUUCUUUCUUCGUUUCGAAACGGUUAGUAAAAUUCGGUAUCUAGAGUAACUUACUGAUUCGAUUGUUUUCGUAUUCUACGUAAAUUUCUGAAGAUUUUGGCGUGUGCUUAGUCCAGGUGUCUGGAAGAGACGUCUAUGUCAUUGAUUCCUGAAUUUGUUUUUCUAAAUCUCAAAGGUUAUUUAGUCAAUUUACACUCUUCCUCCUUGUGAGACUCUGUUUAAAACAGAAUCUACGGUUAGCUACUGAUCAUUA